AUGUGUCAUGAACACAAUCAGAACUCCGCGCCAAUGCUGAACCAACCUUGCCUUCUUCUCCUGCUUCCUCCUUUUCUACAGCGUCGUCGAAGCAACCGACUGCCUCGCGGCCUCUCCCUUUCCUCCUCCUCCACCGCCGCCGCCGCCGCCGCCAGGGGAGUGCACGUUGGGCGACGAGCUGCCGAAGUGGAAGCCGAAGACGGAGGCCGUGGGCGUGGCGUUGCCCUUGACGUGGACGUGGUAACCCAGGCCGCGGCCGGAGCUGCCCCGGCGGGACCAGUCGCGGGACCAGUCGCCGCGCCAGGCGUGCGGCAGCGCCGAGGCCCCCCGCUGCUGCUGCCGCCUUGCCCCCUUGCGCGUCGGGGAGGAGGAGGAGGCGGCGCUCGUCAGGCGGGACUCGAGGGCGCGGAUGCGGCCGCGCUUCUUGUCGAGGGCGAAGAGGGCGAGGCCGAGGAGGAGGCCGAGCAGGACGAGCCCGCCGACGGCGAUGCCGAUGACGGCGCCGAGGGGCAGGGGCAGGUUCAUGGACGUGGAGGAGGUGGGCGAGGGCGGAGAGGGCGGUGUGGUGGCGUCUUCCCUCCUCUCGAGGAGGUGCGUGAGGACAACAACAGAGGUGAAGGAUGA